UACAAUUCGUCCUCCAUGCAAGAUGGCAACAUCGUGAUCGCCGUUUUGCGAAAGAAGCGGGAUCGAGCGGGACUUUCCUCUGUGUGUGUUUAUUUCCAGAGAUCAUUCGCACCUCGCACGUCAAAACGUGCAAAUCAGCCGGCCGGUUCAGCGAUCAUCGAUUUUCGCGACUCUCCCUGGUGAUUUCCACUUUGUAAUCGAUUAGCUUCGCGUUUACCUGCGGCGUAUCAUGUCGGAUGAGAAGAAGGAGACGAAGGCGGAAUCGGAGCACAUAAACCUGAAGGUGCUCGGCCAGGACAAUGCGGUAGUGCAGUUUAAAAUUAAGAAACACACACCUCUUCGGAAAUUGAUGAACGCAUACUGCGACCGUGUAGGUUUGGCAAUAGCGGCAGUAAGAUUUAGAUUUGAUGGACAACCCAUAAACGAAUUAGACACACCUACGACACUGGAAAUGGAAGAGGGAGAUACAAUAGAGGUAUAUCAACAGCAAACAGGUGGUUCGUGUUGAGACACAAUUCAUCACAUUUGAAAAAUGGACUAAAUGAAAUUUAUUGUUCCAGUAGUGUUUAUUUUUAUCAGAAUGUAUGAUUUAUUUUUGGUUUAUGUUUACUCCGCUCUGUAAGAAUGAGGACUUCAUCCUAUCCUAUAAUAUGCAGAAAAUGUAUAAUGUGCAGAUUUAUUUAUGUAUAAUUAUUUUGUUUUUAUUUCUUGAUAUCUGGAUAAAAUUAUUUGUAACAUGAAAUAAUUAUCUGAUAUAUGCUUUUAUUAUUUGAAGUCGCACAUUAUACAUUUGUUUGAAGUCUUCAAUCGUCAUGGCUGUUUAUUACUGGUUUGUAUUAACACAAUCCAUUCAAGUACAAUCAUCUGUAUUUUGUUUAGAAAUACGAGCUUAUAUUAUUGCUGACAGAAAAAAGAAAGAAAAAAAAAGAAUAUAAUCACCGUUAUUGUAAAUUGCUAUUACAAAUCUCGAGAUCUCGUGAUUUCUUUUGUAAACAUGAUUAACAUCACGCGAAAUAACAUUGUAACAAUCCACAGCUUGACUUAAUAAAUUGUCAUUUUUUUAGA